ACGGCCCUGAGCGCUGACUGGCCUUUGGAGGACUCCGCCCGAAGACGUGGAGCGAUGGCGCCGAAAGGGAGCAACAAGCAGCAGUCGGAGGAGGAUUUACUGCUGCAGGAUUUCAGCAGAAAUGUCUCGGCCAAAUCAUCGGCGCUGUUCUAUGGGAACGCAUUUAUUGUGUCGGCCAUUCCCAUCUGGCUCUAUUGGAGGAUCUGGCACAUGGACCUUGUCCAAUCUGCAGUUCUGUACUGUGUUAUGACCCUUAUUAGCACCUACCUUGUGGCAUUUGCCUACAAAAAUGUAAAGUUUGUCCUGAAGCACAAGGUGGCGCAGAAGAGAGAAGAUGCAGUUUCCAAGGAGGUCACCCGGAAACUAUCAGAGGCUGACAACAGGAAGAUGUCUCGCAAAGAGAAAGAUGAAAGAAUUCUGUGGAAAAAGAAUGAAGUGGCUGAUUAUGAAGCAACAACCUUUUCAAUCUUCUACAACAAUACCUUGUUUCUGGUUAUGGUGAUCAUUGCUUCAUUCUUCAUACUGAAGAAUUUCAAUCCAACUGUAAACUACAUCCUGUCCAUCUGUGCUUCAUCGGGAAUGAUUGCAUUACUUUCCACAGGCUCUAAGUGAUUAACAUUGGCAUAGUUAGCUGAUGUUAAGAUUUGAAUGAUCUUACAUUCUUGAGGAUCAGGUCAUUUAGAUUUUCAGUCUGUAAAAAUUGGCAUCCAUGAUGACAGAAUUGGCCACUUAACGACGGUUCUGUGAACUGCAAUGUAUUUUCACUUCAUAUGACCAGCUGUGGAUGUUCUG